CACACACACGGCUGUAGCUCCACCCCCUCGCUGCAGUCGGCUUCAGGUUUCUCUUCAGAUUUUUUCCUCAGUGUUUCACAUCAGCUGCUACAAGGAGGUUCUGGACUGGCCCAGGUUCUACAGGUUCUUCUGGGGUUUUCUGGAUUCUCUGUCUGUUGGAAUUCAGGGGCAACAUGAGGAGGAGAGUAGGAGAACCGGGGAGUCCGAUCAGAGACCGGGGAGAUAAAAACCAGACCGACACCCGGAUCAGAACCUGAGAUGUCACGUAAUGGGUCAUCACUGGCUCCGCCCACCAGCUCUGCGCCAUCGAAUCAUCCCAACAUGUCCCAUUAUCCACCUCUCACAGACUGGGAGCGUCCCAGUUUUACCCCUGCUGCUCAGUUCAGAGUGUGUGCCACCUUCAUCCUCUUCCUGUUUGCUGCCUGCAGUAACCUUGCCUUAUUGACCAGUGUAUGGUGUGGGCGUGGCCGGCGGCUGGCGUCUCAUCUGCGGCCGUUGAUGCUGAGCCUGGCUUCGGCUGACCUGAUGAUGACAUUCAUUGUGAUGCCUCUAGAUGCGGUGUGGAAUGUGACGGUGCAGUGGUAUGGUGGUGAUGCGCUCUGCAAGCUGCUCUGUUUCCUGAAGCUGUUCGCCAUGCACGCCUCGGCCUUCAUCCUCGUUGUCAUCAGCCUGGACCGCCAGCAUGCCAUCCUACACCCCCUGGAUGCCCUGAGUGCACACCGCAGGAACCGAUGCAUGCUGCUGCUGGCCUGGAGCCUGAGCCUGCUGCUCGCAUCACCACAGCUGUUCAUCUUCAGGACCAUCAGGGUGGACUCGGUGGACUUCACUCAGUGUGCAUCUCAUGGCAGCUUCAGUCAUCGCUGGCAGGAAACAGUUUACAACAUGUUCCACUUCACCACGCUGUACGUCGUCCCGCUGCUGGUGAUGAGCUGCUGCUACAGCCGCAUCCUGCUGCACAUCCAUCAGCAGCACCUACGAGACAAAGCAGGUGAGUCCCACCUGCGUCGUAGUGGCACCGACAUCAUCCCAAAGGCUCGGAUGAAGACUCUGAAGAUGACGGUUGUUAUCGUGCUGUCCUUUGUGGUGUGCUGGACUCCAUACUACCUGCUGGGAAUCUGGUACUGGUUUCAGCCCAACAUGCUGCGCGCUACACCUGAGUACAUCCACCAUGCCCUCUUUGUGUUCGGUAACCUGAACACCUGCUGUGACCCAGUCAUUUACGGCUUCUACACGCCAUCCUUCCAGGCUGACCUCGCCUCCUGCUGCCGCCGGACGAGGAGUGACGCCUCGCCACAGUCUCUGGACCGACUGUCCGCCAGGCAGGGUCCUCACAGUGGGGAGUAUGUCGCACAACCACAGACCAAAAACCAGGCUGCCACAAACUGACCAAUCAGAGGACAGGACAAAUCAGGCAAUCGCAGAACAAGAGGGAUUCAGUUUUUGUUAAUAAAGAGAGAAUAA